AUGGCCGCUUUGCUGCUGGCCUUCCUUUGCUCCCCGGUUAUGGCGACACAGAAUCCCCAUGGCGCAAGAAGCCGUGAGAGGAGAUUGCGACGAGAUAAUUGCAAACCUAGUCAUUACCCAUUGGUCACUGUAUUUUGGAGUGUUGGCUUUGUCCCACUGCUUGGUCAGACGCUCGCUCAGAAUCCACCUAUUUCCUGCACCCUGAUGAUGGUUGUUGCCCGUGAACCUUGA